AUUUAUUCGAUAAAUCCGCGCUUUAUUGUUUAUUAUAUUAUUUGAUUUAAUUGUUAUUUAACAAUGAAUUUACUGCCAAAAACACGCGAAGAGUUCGCGCAAACCGACUACUGGAACGAGUUCUUCAAGAAGCGUGGCGAAAAGGCCUUUGAAUGGUAUGGCGAAUAUCUGGACCUAUGCGAUCAGAUACACAAAUACAUUAAGCCGGUGGAUAAAAUUCUGAUGCUGGGAUGCGGCAAUUCCAAGCUUAGCAUGGACAUGUAUGACACGGGAUUCAGGGAUAUAACCAACAUUGAUAUCUCCCCGGUGGCUGUGAAGAAGAUGUUGGAACAGAAUGCACGCACGCGUCCGGACAUGAAGUUCCUGCAAAUGGAUGCCACAGCCAUGACAUUUCCCGAUGAGAGCUUCUCAGUGGCCUUAGAUAAGGGCACAUUGGAUGCGCUGUUUGUGGAUGAUGCCACAGAAACUCGAUCUGUGGUGGAGAACUAUUUCAAGGAGAUUCUCCGCACCAUGCGGAAUGGCGGUCGCUAUUUGUGCAUAUCUUUACUGCAAGAGCACAUCCUCAAUUUUCUUCUGGAGUUUAUGCCCCGUCACAAUUGCAUGCUGCGCAUUGUCCACUGUUUGGGCGUCGAGCAGGCCAACAAGGAGAAGAAUGCCGAUGAUGCCAUGAAGCUGCCCGUUUUUGUGGUCAUAGCCACCAAAUUUAAGAGUCUUCCCAUGCCCAUUUUGGAAUUCGGUUUGGGCAACGAUAAAAUGCAAAGAUUUACGGAGUCUUCGGAGCUAAGCAAUGCCGUGUCUUCUGUGCAAAAGGCCGCACUGGUAUGCAAUGGAUUGGCUCGCUCCAGUAUUGCCGGUCACGAUGAGGUGACCCUGGAUCUGUAUCGACCCUCGGAGAACACUCCUCGCUAUAGCAUAUACAUUUUGGAUCUACCGGCAGCCAGAGGCCUGGGAAAAUAUGCGGCAUUUAUUGUGCCGCAGGGUAGGGAGAUUGAGUGGCUCUUUGGCACCCCCGCGGGACGCAAGAAGUUGCAGGCAUCGGCCAAGUUUCAACGCCUCGCGGUGGUCACGCUGCAUCGCGAUCAAAUCUACAAUACCCUCGAUGAGGUCAAGGCAGAACUGGGCGACACCGUCACCAGCUUGGCACCAUAUGGACUGAACGAACAGAUUCCCUAUCUGUCUCUGGGCAGCGAUGUGGGCAAGCGAGAGACUCUGAUCAGCGGCUUCUCCAAGAUAUCCGGCGACUUUCGCAUCGAGGAAGUGGCGGCCGGUGGCAAAACGUUGCGUCGUUUGAUAUUUCUCAGCAAUCAGUUUGUUGUGCAAUCGGAGGCCUUGGUGAAAACAAUUAAAAUCAAAGGCAAAAAGGAGCGAAAGAAGAUUGACUUUGGUCAUUUGGCCUGCCAGCAUCAUUUGUACAUGUCUGUGGGCGUCCAACUGGCCGUAACGCUGCAGAAUACCAAGAAGGAUGUGCAAAAGGAUGUUCUAGUUAUUGGUCUCGGCGGUGGUGGACUGUGCAGCUUCCUACAUGCCGCUCUACCUCAGUCACGUAUUACGGCUGUGGAGAUAGACCCCAUUAUGCUCGAGGUGGCUGAGCAAUAUUUCGAACUGAAGCAGGACAAACGCUUUCAUGUGGUCAUUGACGAUGGUCUGGCCUUUGUGGAACGCUGUCGUAAUGAAGACAUACACUUUGAUGCCGUGUUAUUCGACGUGGACAGCAAAGAUCUCAGCCUGGGCAUGAGCUGUCCGCCGCAAGGCUUUCUAGCCCACGAUAUACUACUGCAUAUCAAGGAAAUCAUUGGACCCAAGGGUCUGUUCAUGCUCAAUCUGGUGUGUCGCGAUGAGACGCUCAAAACGGAGGCAAUGGCCAAUUUGCAAAAGGUUUUUCCGGCUGUCUGCAGCUAUAAACUGGAGGAGGACAUCAACGAGGUGGUGUACUGUGCCAACGAUGAAAAGUACAAAACUGUGGAGCACUGGCAAAAGGUCAUGGGCACUGCGGGCCGUGGCCUAAACACGGCCAUCAAAGAACACAAGCUAGCCAACGACGAUGCGCUCGAAGUAGUCGAUUUUCUCAGCGAAUUGAAGAUUUAGUAGAGAAUGGAAGUGCAUUCGGUUUUUUAAAUAAAUGUUAAUUGUAUUUUAGUUAUAAAUAAAAAACUAAACUAUUAACUAAUUGUAUUGUAGAAUUGCUAAUAAUAACAAAGAGCUAAGUGUGGCAAACAAAACGUG